AUGAGUGACCAACAGGCUCGCGAGAGCUUCGCAUCCAUCCUCAGCUACUACCGCCACAAUCGCGAGUCGUUGGCAAACGUUCCAGACUGGGUUGAUAACCCCCGAAGCGGAGAUAUCGUCAUUGGCUUUAUCCGAAACAGUGCACCAACCGACGAACAAGUCGAAAGGGCCAAGGAAGAACUAAAGUCUUUCAUAGCCAUAGAAGGGAUCAAAGAAACACUAUCUGAAGCAGACAAGGCCCUCUUGGCGGCGGCAGCCUGUUCUAGCCGUGCGAAACGACUGCAGAACAAGAAGAACAAAUACGUCAAUACGAAGCGAAUUUAUCUCGAGCACUAG